CACACUCCAUCAUCUGCUUCUUCCACUUUUUGUUCCCACAUUUGGGGAGUGUAUGCAUGCCUGUGUGCCUCAGUUCAAUCUGGUGAUGUCACUGAUUCGCUCUUAGAAGUAAACUUGGGUAGCUUCAGUCGGUCGCAAUCACUAGCACCAGCGCCAGCGUCGUCACCUUCCAUACUACACACGACCGAUUUGUCGCACUCUCACUCUCCAUGGAGACCCGAUAGCAUAUCUCCAAAAAUAAUCGUUCAAUCGGUUUUGGAUAUAACUAUGCGACCAACUUUGAGCAAGGGCUGGACAUGCGCUGGCCUGGGUCAAUCUAUCUUCAGAGUUCGCCCUUUCACAAGAUGCCUCAAUCAAUUGCCAAAGGCCACAAGUCGGGCAUUCAGCCAUACAGGGAGGAGUAAUGUUUACUUUCGCUUACCACCACGUCGUAAGGGAUUAGUUCUUGCUGGAACUGCUGCUAGCUUGAGCCCAGUUGCUUUUGUGCAAUUGUCAGAAGAAGAGAAUGGAGGAACAGACCAAACCGCAGAGGGGAGGAUGUUGGAAGCAUCACGAGAGGAGAUCAGGAAGAAAGUCUCAGAAGACAGCUCUGGGAUUAGAAGAGUUGUGGAAAGUGUUGUGCUGUACUUGGACCUUUACAUUUGGGAACCGGCCUGCACAGGAAUGCGAUUCUUACACUUGGUCGUCAUAUUUGUUCCCAUUAUAUUGGCAAUUCCAGCUGUAUGGCUUGGGCAAAGACAAAAGAAUAGAGAUAACGAGAGGAGUGGCACGUUAUUUUGGUACUGGUUUCUGGUCAAGUCUAUGGAACGAGCGGGGCCAGCAUUUAUAAAAGUAAGCUUCUCUCCCUUAUAUUUCACAAAACCCUCUGUUGAAACUAUAUAGCUUGGACAAUGGGCAGCUUCUCGAACCGAUAUUUUCCCAAACGAAAUGUGCGAAAUCAUGUCUCAGCUGCAUUCAAAUGCGCCAGCCCAUUCCCUCCACGAUACGAAACGAAUUAUUAGAAGGGCCUUUGAAGGCAGACCUUUUGAAGAAAUAUUCGAAGAGUUUGAAGAGAAGCCAUUGGGAGUGGGUGCGAUUGCACAAGUAUAUCGAGCAAAACUUAAAUCAGAUCUGGCUGCGCCUGGAGACCCCGAUAUCGAAGAACCUCGGAAUUUGCGACGAAAUGUUCGCAAAAAUGUUGAUACUCUGAUCAAGAGUACACCACAGCGAGUACCAUCGAGCUAUGUUGCAAUCAAGGUUCUGCAUCCUGGGGUUGAGAGAAUGGUUAGGCGAGAUUUGCGAAUAAUGGGCUUCUUUGCGUCGGCUAUCAAUUUUAUCCCAACCAUGGAAUGGCUCUCGCUACCCGAUGAAGUCGAACAGUUUGGAGAAAUGAUGCGUUUGCAACUAGAUCUCAGAAUUGAAGCUGCCAACUUGACUCUAUUUCGGAAGAAUUUCAAGGAUAGAACUACUGCUUGGUUUCCAUACCCAUACACCGACUUUACUACCAGACAAGUAUUAGUAGAGGAAUUUGCUACAGGAAUUCCUCUUUCAGAUUUCAUGGAGAAUGGGGGAGGCGUUUUCCAACAAGAAAUUGCUGAUGAAGGACUCGACGCUUUCCUGCGCAUGUUGUUACUGGAUAACUUCGUACAUGCAGAUCUUCAUCCCGGAAACAUUAUGGUUCGCUUCUAUCAAUCGGCACUUCCAGAUCUUCCAUUCAGUGGAAAACACAAGGACGAAAAUCCUCAGAACCAACCCGAUGUUACCGAACAAGUACUUGCUCGUCUUCGACCGUACAGACAUAAGAAAGAUGUCAAAGCAUGGGAAUUGGAACUCCAGAAAAUUGAUAGUGAAGGAUUUAGGCCGCAAUUGAUUUUCAUCGAUACUGGUUUGGUUACCGAACUCAAUGCGACGAACCGAAAGAAUUUCUUGGAUCUAUUUAAAGCCGUUGCAGAGUUUGAUGGAUAUAAAGCCGGUCACCUAAUGUGCGAACGAUGUCGACAACCCGAUGCUGUUAUCGAUGAAGAGAUAUUCUCCUUGAAGAUGCAACAUCUUGUUCUCGGCGUUAAAAGCAAAACUUUAGCCCUUGGAAAUAUGAAGAUUGGUGAUAUUCUAAACGAGGUUCUCGGUAUGGUGCGAAGUCAUCAUGUACGGAUGGAGGGCGAUUUUGUCAACGUCGUUAUUAGCAUUCUUCUCCUCGAAGGAAUUGGCAGGUCGCUGAAUCCCAAUAUCGACCUUCUCUCAAGCGCUUUACCUAUAUUGAGACAACUUGGUGCUCAAAGUGGUGGCGGUAUGCUAAGACAGGGCGAUUUCUCGAUGCUGAAAGUCUGGGUUGGUUUGGAGACUAGGAAGUUCCUGCAGGCUAGCAUUGAAGACGUAAGUUUCGAGUCAAAACGAUUGAACCGUACCCAUAGUCUUUGAAUAUUAGCUGACUAUUAAAUAGGUUGAAAGAUGUGUGAAGUACGACCUACUUUCGCCUAAUGUAUAAUAUUAAAGGGGGAAUCAGUGAUGCGUCACGUGUAUCGCAUCACGUGGAUUGUAUGCAUAGCAAGGCGUUCUGGUGUUUGGAAAUAGGCCCUCAUUGAGUAUUAAGGCAUACAAUGAACAUUCUCCUUUCUUUUCGAAUAUACCGGUUCUUUCGAAAAUAGAAUUCUGUUAAAC